CGAUGUAACUGGCGUCGACAGCGGCCAUGUUGAAGGAGAAUACUAGUGAUCAAUAGAAAAGUUCCUCGAUUUGCCAAUAAGCUUCAUGGAAGGAAUGGCAACCUGGUCGAAGGACAUGCGCUAGUGCCAUGAAUAGAUAUCGAAUAUCGGCAAAAAUUCAUCCAAUCUAAUUCUAGAAACUCUCAGGACAGAUGAUUAUAUUAGCCCCCUAAUCCCAAGUCCAGAGCAAGAGGUUCGGGUUUGUCUAAAUUGUCUCGCUCCCCUUCUGCUUUAUGGCAAUGAUGGCCUUGUUGGGUUCCCCCUUUUGGUGUCUGGUAUAACAAUCCGACUCUAGCCUUGCCCACGGAUUGGUCAUGUCAUCAUCCAGCGAUAAUUUACAACCGCAGGCGAUUGCACUGAUCUUUGCUUUCCCAGCGGUUGCGACGAUUGUCGUCGCUCUACGCAUCUAUAUUCGAGUAUGGACGCGAACUUUUGCGGCGGAUGACUGGGUUAUUUGUUUUGCGGGGAUAUUGUAUUGGGCAGAGACAACGACUUCAUACUAUGUCAUUAUAUAUGGGUACAUCGGAUACCAUGCUUGGUUAAUCCCGAAGGAUUACCCUGCAGAGCUAGCUGGCAAAUAUACUUAUGCGACUGAACUACUCUAUAACCCAAUAUUAGCGCUCGUCAAAACCUCGAUUCUUCUAUUUCUACUUCGCUUAACCGGUCAAAAGCUCGGAGUACGGAGAGCAAUCUGGGGACUUCUAAUAUUAAACGGAGUAGCGAUGGUAGCUACAUUCCUCCUCACGACAUUCCACUGCAUCCCAAUCGCAUCAAAUUGGGACCCGUUAUCAUAUCCCAAUGCCAAGUGUGUUAACUUUGCCGAUUUUGUGACCGGGACAGCCUGCGUCUCUAUCUUCACCGAUGUCUUGGUCCUACUCUUGCCCACAUGGAUCGUAUAUAAUCUUCGCAUCGCCCGAAAGCAAAAGUUGAUGCUCGUCGGAAUUCUGUCUUUCGGUCUUAUCACGGUAAUCUCAGGGAUUGUCAGAGUUAUCCUCCUUGACCAGUACGAUCGACAUAUCCCUGAAGACCACAGUUACUCCGUCCUCUUCUGCGUAUCCACCAUCGAAGUCGGUCUUUCCUUCAUCGCCGCGUGCGCACCUUCAUUAAAACCUCUUUUCGCCAAACUCCUCCCCAAGAUGUUCAGCACCAAGUCGAGAAGCCGACCGGUGUACGAAGGAGGUGGAGGUGCCAGUGGUAGGGUCGGAUACAAUCUUGAUCCCCUGUCUCGAUCCGGGAGGACGGAGCAUGAAGUAAGUGUAAUACGGGCACAGGUUGGAGAUGAUGAGGAAUCGUUUAAUGCCGGGCCUAGCGAUAAAUAUGGGAUUAUGAUGACCACGGAAACGGAGGUGAAAUGGCAUGAUUCUGGGAGCCAUCCUAGGGCCAAUGGAGGGAGUAGUACUGAGAGCCUUGUCCAACCUAGACGAUGAGAUAAAAUAUAGAUGAAUUCCAUAUUACUGCUUUACUUUAUGAAGGAGCUGCUUACUCCUU